UUUCCCUCCAUUGCGGUAUCACACCUUUGUACCUCCUCUCCAGGAAGGAUGAUGGAACCAUGUCCUAUAUGGGAGGAGAAGCGCAUGCAGUAGAUAUCAAUCAUGAAACCUUAUUUGAUGAUCUGAAGUUGAAGUUAGCUGAAAUGUGCAAUUUAGAGUAUAGAUCUCUGUGCAUCAAGUAUUUUCUCCCUGGAAAUAGGCGAACUCUCAUUACAUUAUCUAAUGAUAAGGACUUGAAAAGGAUGUAUGAGUUCCAUGGAAAUGUGGUAACUGCCGAUGUUUUUGUCAUGGGAAAUGCUGGUUUCAAUGCUGACGAAGCCUUAAACACACUAAAAAGGGCAUGUGGGAUAAAACUGGCAGACUCUGUGACUCCUUUUGCUGCCUGCGGUACUUCAGCUGUUGUAUUUCACACUGAUGCUAAUCAUCCUGUUGCAGUAAAUUCACCAAUUGCAGCAAGUGAUGUUAAUACCACAGUUGUUCCUGCUGCUUCAAAUAAUACUCCAGAUAUCCCUUCCCCUCUUCCAGUUCCACAACAAGAAGGCUCUAAUCUAUCUGCUGAUGAAUGGACUCAAAACCCAAGUGGAGCAGCUCACAGCUCUCACAUAUUUUCUGCCCUUACUGAUCCUGCAGAUGCUACUACUUCCAUUCCAACAGGUUUCAUCCCUCUUGCUGCUGAUGCAAGCAUCCGCAUAAAUGGUAUGGACUCCGCUCCUUCUGAUGUUAAUAGUUCCGGUCCAAACGGUGCUAUUUCUGUUGCUGCUGAUGCAAGUGGCCACAGCUUGGACAUAAUUGAUAUGGACUGUACCCCUGCUGAUACUGUGAAGAAGCGAAGGCGCACUGCUGCAUGGAAAAUUGGUCCAGAUGGCCCUACCAUUGUUUCUAUCAACGAGGAUAUUGGGGAUGAAAGAAAAUUCAUGUCCAGGAAGAAGAAUACUCUGAACUUUAAAGCUACUCCAGAAACUCACAAUGAGGAUCAGGAAGAAGAGAUUGUGCCAUUUAAUAGCAUUGACCAUAAUGAGGCCAUUCUAGGCCCAUCAAAUGAUGUUCUAUCUGAAGAGUUGGUCACAUUGUGGAAAGAUGGUAUCACUGGGGUUGGACAUGAGUUCCGAAGUGUUCAAGAAUUUCGUGAUAUACUGCAAAAAUAUGCCGUUGCAAAUCGAUUUAUGUAUAAGUUUAAGAAGAAUGAUACUAACCGUGCAAGUUGUAUAUGUAUAGCUGAAGCCUGUUCUUGGAGAAUUCAAGCAUCCUGGGACUCAUCUAUGGAAAAGUUUGUGGUAAAGAAGAUGGAGAAAAGACAUACAUGUGAUAGGGAAACCUGGAAAUUUUAUCAUCCAAAAAAACAUUGGUUGGUUGGUAUCAUUAAAGACAGACUAACUGAUAACCCACAUCUGAAGCCGAAAGAAAUUGUCAGUAGCAUUGUUCAGGACUUUGGAAUUACGGUGAACUAUAAUCAAGUACGGCGUGGAAUUGAAGAUGCAAAGGAACAACUUGUGGGUUCUUAUAAAGAAGCUUACAACCAGUUACCUUGGUUUUGUGAGAAGAUGGCAGAGGCAAAUCCUGGUAGUAAUAUUGGGCUUUUCACUGGUGAUGAUGGGAGGUUCCAACGUCUCUUUAUUAGCUUUCAUGCAUCUAUACAUGGCUUUCAGAAUGGUUGUCGACCUAUUCUUUUUCUUGAUUCUAUGUCCUUAAAAUCAAAAUACCACGAGACAUUUAUUGCAGCUACUGCUUUGGAUGGAGAUGAUGGUGCGUUCCCGGUUGCAUUUGCAAUAGUAGACAAGGAGAAUGAUGAUAACUGGCAUUGGUUCUUGGAGCAAGUAAGAUCGUCUGUUUCGACCACACAGUCCUUAACUAUUGUUUUUGAUAGAGAGAAAGGACUGAAAAAAUUAGUUACUGGGGUAUUUGAAAAUGCCAACCAUGGCUACUCUAUGCACCACCUUCUGAGAAGCUUCAAGAAAAUCUUGAAGCCCCCAUUUCAUGGAGAUGGGAAGGGUUCUUUGCUAACUUGUUUCGUGGCUGCCGCCCAGUCACUCAGACUUGAUGGUUUCAAGUAUUUUCUGGAUCAAAUCAAACAGGUUUCAUCACAAGCUUAUGACUGGGUCGUCGAAAUUGAACAAGAAUGUUGGACAAAUGUAUUUUUCAAAGGUGAGCACUACAAUCAUAUUACUGUCGAUGUUGCAGAGAUGUAUGCCAACUGGAUAGUAGAACUGCAAACAUUGCCCAUAAUACGGAAGAUAGAAGUGUUGAGCUCAAAGCUAAUGGAAUUGUUAGACACUCGUCGAACUGAUUCAAGCACCUGGUCUACACAACUUACACCAUCCAAGGAGGAAAAACUGCAAGAAAAAAUUCUACAAGCAAGUCGCCUUAAGGUAUUAUUUUCAACUGAUACACUAUUUGAGGUUCACAAUGAUUCCAUUAAUGUUGUGGAUCUUGACAAAAGAGAGUGUAGUUGUUUGGUUUGGAAUGCUUCUGGGAUGCCUUGCUGCCAUGUUAUUGCUGUUUUCAACUGCACGGGUAGGAACGCAUAUGAUUUUUGUUCAAGAUGUUAUAAAGUUGACAACUUUCAUUCAACUUAUUCGAAAUCCAUAACCCCAGUGGUGGUGCCUUCCAAGCCUUUGGAUAGUGAUAAAACUGACCCAGAGGCAGGGACUGUACUUCCUCCUUCCUUCUCCAGGCCACAACCCCAUGACAAGGAAAAACCAAAGAAAACAAAGGGUGUGGCCAAAAAGGAAGUUAAUUGCUCAAACUGCAAGGAAACAGGACAUAAUAAAGCGACAUGCAAGGCAGGCUCUUAGGUUUGUGCAAGUUACUCAAGAGAACUGCUGUACUUUCAUCAUCUUUGAGGGUCAGUUUUUUAGUAGGAAUGUAGGUGCAACAUCAAACAGAUAAUUAGGUUUUUUAUGGUUCGAGGCUUCGAGCUCAUAGAUUAUUUGUUCUUGAGUUUAGUUAUAACCAUAUAUAGCGUUUGAAUUUCUUGAUGAAUUGUGUAUGUGUGUAUGGACAGAUCGAAAGCCUGUAGCAGGAGAGAUCAUAGACAUGCAAAACAUUUGAUGUAUAGAAAGUUGAAA